GAGCCGCCGAGCCCCGCUUGCCGAAGCCCGUCCCUGCGGCCGGCCGUCCUCGCCAGUCCGCCCGAUCGAGCCCGGCGUCCCGCGCGCGUCGGGGCAGCGCGGAGCCCGCCGCCAUGAAGCCGGCGAGGACUAAGACACCCAGGAAACCUCUAGUGAAGAAAGGAUCCCAAACGAGUCUUAAAGACCCAGUUGGGGUAUACUGUAGGGUGCGCCCACUGAGCUUUCCUGAUCAAGAGUGUUGCAUAGAAGUGAUCAAUAAUACAACCGUUCAACUUCAUACUCCUGAGGGUUACAGACUCAACCGAAAUGGAGACUAUAAGGAGACUCAAUAUUCAUUUAAACAAGUAUUUGGCACUCAUACCACCCAGAAGGAGCUCUUUGAUGUUGUGGCUAAUCCCUUGGUAGAUGACCUCAUUCAUGGCAAAAAUGGUCUCCUUUUUACAUAUGGUGUGACUGGAAGUGGAAAAACUUACACGAUGACUGGUUCUCCAGGGGAAGGAGGGCUGCUUCCUCGUUGUUUGGACAUGAUCUUUAAUAGUAUAGGGUCGUUUCAAGCUAAACGAUAUGUUUUUAAAUCUAAUGAUCGGAAUAGCAUGGACAUACAGUGCGAAGUUGACGCCUUGUUAGAGCGGCAGAAACGAGAAGGCAUGCCCAAUCCCAAGACCCCCUCGAGCAAACGACAAGUAGAUCCAGAGUUUGCAGAUAUGAUAAAUGUAAAAGACUUUUGCAAAGCAGAAGAAGUUGAUGAAGAUAGUGUCUACGGUGUAUUUGUCUCUUAUAUUGAAAUAUAUAAUAAUUACAUAUAUGAUCUGUUGGAAGAGGUGCCCUUUGAUCCCAUAAAGCCUAAGUGGAACAGUUGCAGCACGCCCAUGAGGAACACAGAUUUGGUACCUCCACAAUCUAAAUUGCUGCGUGAAGAUAAGAACCAUAACAUGUAUGUUGCAGGAUGUACAGAAGUAGAAGUGAAAUCUACUGAGGAGGCCUUUGAAGUUUUCUGGAGAGGCCAGAAAAAGAGACGUAUUGCUAACACACAUCUGAAUCGUGAGUCCAGCCGUUCCCAUAGCGUGUUCAACAUUAAAUUAGUUCAGGCUCCCUUGGAUGCAGAUGGAGACAAUGUCUUACAGGAAAAAGAACAAAUCACUAUAAGCCAGUUGUCCUUGGUAGAUCUUGCUGGAAGUGAAAGAACUAACCGGACAAAAGCAGAAGGGAACAGAUUACGUGAAGCCGGUAACAUUAACCAGUCACUAAUGACGCUAAGAACAUGUAUGGAAGUCCUGAGGGAGAACCAGAUGUAUGGAACGAACAAGAUGGUUCCAUAUCGAGAUUCAAAGUUAACGCAUCUGUUCAAGAACUACUUCGAUGGGGAAGGAAAAGUACGCCUGAUCGUGUGUGUGAAUCCAAAGGCCGAAGAUUAUGAAGAAAGCUUGCAAGUCAUGAGAUUUGCAGAAGUGACCCAGGAAGUGGAAGUAGCAAGACCAGUAGACAAGGCAAUAUGUGGUUUAACGCCUGGCCGGCGGUACAGAAACCAGGCUCGGGGAGGUCCAGUUGGAGAUGAACCACUGGUUACAGAAGUGAUUUUACAGAGUUUUCCACCUUUGCCAUCUUGUGAAAUUCUGGAUGUCAAUGAUGAGCAGACUCUUCCCAGGCUGAUUGAAGCAUUAGAGAAACGACAUCACCUCCGACAAAUGAUGAUUGACGAGUUCAGCAAACAAUCGAUUACUUUUAAAGCUUUGUUGCAAGAAUUUGACAAUGCUGUUUUAAAUAAAGACAACUACAUUCAAGGAAAACUAAGUGAAAAAGAAAAGGUGAUCUCAGGACAGAAACUGGAAAUAGAACGACUGGAGAAGAAAAACAAAACUUUGGAAUAUAAGAUUGAGAUUUUAGAGAAAACUACUACUAUCUAUGAAGAAGAUAAGAGGACUCUGCAACAGGAACUUGAAACCCAGAAUCAGAAACUUCAGAGACAGUUUUCUGACAAACGCAGAUUAGAAGCCAGGUUGCAAGGCAUGGUGACGGAAACAACAAUGAAGUGGGAGAAGGAAUGCGAGCGUCGAGUGGCAGCCAAACAGUUGGAGAUGCAAAAUAAACUCUGGGUCAAAGAUGAAAAACUGAAACAACUGAAGGCUAUUGUCACUGAGCCCAAAACUGAAAAGCCGGAGAGACCAUCUCGGGAGCGGGAUCGAGAAAAAGUUAGUCAAAGAUCUGUUUCUCCAUCACCACUACCUCUUUCUGGUAACUAUAUUGCUCAGAUUUCCAGCGGCCAGCAGCUCAUGAGCCAGCCACAGCUACAUAGGCGCUCUAACUCUUGCAGCAGCAUUUCUGUAGCCUCCUGUAUUACGGAAUGGGAGCAGAAAAUACCUCCGUACAACACACCUCUCAAUGUCACAUCUAUCGCAAGGCGUAGGCAGCAGGAGCCAGGACAAAGUAACACUUGUGUCGUGUCAGACAGAAGGCGAGGGAUGUACUGGACUGAAGGCAGGGAGGUGGUUCCUACACUCAGAAAUGAGAUAGAAAUAGAAGAGGAUCACUGCUACAGGAACGUACCACCAAUUCGUCUCCGACACAGACGAUCACGCUCUGCAGGAGACAGAUGGGUAGAUCAUAAGCCUGCCUCUAACGUGCAAACUGAAACAGUCAUGCAGCCACAUGUCCCUCAUGCCAUCACAGUAUCUGUUGCAAAUGAAAAGGCACUAGCUAAGUGUGAGAAGUACAUGCUGACCCACCAGGAACUAGCCUCCGAUGGGGAGAUUGAGACUAAACUCAUUAAGGGUGAUGUUUAUAAAACAAGGGGUGGUGGACAAUCUGUUCAGUUUACUGAAGUUGAGACUUUAAAACAAGAAUCACCAACUGGUCGAAAACGAAGAUCUCCCACAGCAGCACCUGCCCAACCAGAUGGUACAGAGUCUGAAUGGACUGAUGUAGAAACAAGGUGUGCUGUGGCUGUGGAGAUGAAAGCGGGAUCUCUGCUGGGGCCUGGCUAUCAGCAUCACGCACAGCCCAAGCGCAAGAAGCCAUGAACUGAAAGUCUCAGUAAGGAAAGAACAUUUUUGUUUGUGUUGGUGAUUUCUCCAAAGCCAAACCAGAAGGAGCCUUCUGAAUCAUCUUACAGAACUCCAGCUUUGUUGAAUGUCACAGAACUCAGAUACACCACACUGGCCUAGAUCAGAGAUUCCUCUAUGGCUCCAAAGACCUCUAGGAGUCAACAAACUAUAUUAUAUGCCUUGCCGUAUUUAAUAUUAAUUGCAGAGAAAGACUCCCUUUUCUCAUUGCUGUAGGAACUUUUUUAUAAUGCUAUUUUUUUUUGUAUAUUUCUUGUAUACUUAUAAACUAAUUCAUGCAAGUGUUUUUCUUGGGUGAUUAAGGAAGACUAUAUCUAGAUCACGCUUUUUUAUUGUGACUUUUCCGGCUCUUGUCUAAAUAUUUCUUAAGGUUUAUAAACAACACAAAUGCUGCUAUUGAUUAGCUGCAAGAAUGCACUUUAGACAUAUGACAAUUCAAACUUUCAAAAUAAAGGUGUCAGUGACUGGCCAAUAAUAAAACGAUUUUAGGAAGUUGUUUUGUACGUAUAUAUUCACUUUCUGACAUUUAGAUAUGCCACAAGAUUUAAAUAAAAAACACUAAGGAAUA